AUGUCCGCGCCUCCCCAAGCCCCGACCGUCAACGACAUCGUCAUCAAGGGCGACGUCCCACCGCAUGCCAAAGACCUCUUCCACCGAUGGGUCCGCGACAGCCAGACGAAGCGCACCUUCGCCUUCUCCAUCGCCUCGCGCCUCGUCCCCUCCGAGGUCGAAGUCUUCUCGCGCGAGCGCGACGGCAAGCUGCAGGCGCGGGUCACGUACCGCCUCACUGUCGCAGCCGACAUGCUGAACUGGAAUGGGAGCAUGCACGGCGGCUGCGCGGUCUACCUCAUCGACGUGUGCUCGUCUGCCGCCAUCUCGCUACUCGCCAUGGUCCAGAAGAAGCCGUGGGGAUCCGUCUCGCAGGCUCUCAACACGUCCUUCCAUGCCCCUGCGCUCGCCGGGGUGACGAUCGAGGUUGUGAACACGACUACCGCGUCAGGUUCGCGUAUGCUGUCGUCCGUCACAGAGAUUUGGGAUGUCACGAACAGCAGGUUGUGCAUGUCGGGCACCCACCACAAAAUGGCGCCGUCCAAGCUAUGA